UGGCUGCAGUUUANAANAAACCUGGUCANGAUUUGAUNGAUCACUAUACGUAUGUUUUUAUGGGAGAUGGCUGUGUGAUGGAAGGUAUCUCNAANGAAGCAUGUUCAUUGGCUGGACAUCUAAAACUUGGAAAAUUAAUUGCUAUUUANGACGANAANAAUAUUUCUAUNGAUGGAAAGACAGAUGUUGCUUUUUCGGAAGAUGUUGGNAAAAGAUANGAAGCACUUGGAUGGCACGUAGUCACGGUNGAAAAUGGGAAUUUNGACUUGCAAGCUAUUUCGGAUGCAAUUCAGAAAGCAAAACAAGUUCANGACAAGCCUUCUCUUAUUCGUUUGAAGACCAUUAUUGGAUAUGGCUCACCAAACAAGGCNAAUACAGGNGAGGUACAUGGAGCAGCUCUUGGAGCGGAGGAAGUAAAGUUAACAAGAGACAGCUUAUCGUGGCCAUUNAAGGAAUUNGAAGUUCCNGAGGAAGCUCUUCGUCAUUAUCGNAAACACAUNGAAUCCGGACAAAAAAUNGAGCGAGAGUGGCAAGCNAAAUGGGAGGCAUANAAGAAAGCUUUUCCCGAAUUGGCUUCACAAUUNGAGAGGACAGUACUUCANAAGAAACUUCCAGANAAUUGGGAAAGUGUCUUAAUUUCUGCAGCNGAAAGAGGAGGNGAUAUGGCUACUCGUCAAGCAUCACAAGCAAUGUUGAACGCGUUAGCUCCAAUUAUGCCAGAACUUGUGGGUGGUUCUGCAGAUUUAGCUCCAUCUUGUUUAACUAUGAUGAAAAAUGUGCCUUCUUUUCAGCACAACUGNAGAGAAGGGCGUUAUUUCCAUUUUGGAGUUCGCGAACAUGCAAUGGGUGCAAUAUCCAAUGGCUUAUAUCAUCACAACACUGGUUUCCGUCCCUUUGCAGCAACCUUCUUUAUUUUUACAGACUAUAUGCGUGCAUCUAUUCGGUUAUCCGCUUUGUCNAGAGCCGGAGUUAUUUACAUUAUGACGCANGAUUCUGUUGCAUUAGGNGAAGAUGGACCAACUCAUCAGCCUAUNGAGCACUUGGCAUCCUUNAGAGCUAUGCCAAAUGUUCAUAUGCUGAGACCAGCAGAUGUUACAGAAACUGCAGCAGCUUAUAUUGCUGCUCUAAAGUCAACAUCGACUCCAUCUAUACUGGCGUUAUCAAGGCAGAAGCUACCCAAACUAAAGAAUUCAUCUAUAGAAGGAUGUCUAAAGGGUGCAUAUAUAUUAUCNGANAACACUCGAUCAGGUGGAUAUCCGGAUUUUAUAUUAACUGCGAGUGGUUCGGAAGUACAUCUUGUAGAGAAUGCAGCAGAAAAAUUGCGUCAAGAAGGCAAGUCUAUUCGAGUUGUUUCUUUUCCUUGUUGGGAGCUCUUCGAACAGCAGAGNAGAGAGUACCAAGAGUCUGUCUUUCCUUCCAACGUUGGAAAAGAUCGUCGUCUUGUUUGNGAGGCUGGUUCAAGUUUCGGUUGGGAAAGGUAUGUGGGUCAUAUGGUNAGCAUCGACCAGUUUGGAUUAUCAGGCAAAGGGAACGAUAUCUUGAAACACUUUGGUAUUACGGUNGAAAAUGUCGUGAAGCAGGUAAAGGCGGUUUUAUAAUUAAUUCGUCAAAACUCCUUAGCACCGUGCUUUUAUAACUUCCUAUCAUGCAUUCUUCGCUAUAAUAAAGUCAGGUGGUUUGUUUCGCUGAUCGUUUUCGUGCCAGUGCACUUUCUUUGUCGGUACAUUGUCUGUAGAGACAUCUUGUGGUUACCUUUGAACGCCUAUUGAGUUGUUUUAAGACGGUUAACAACCACAUGCUGAUGUUUUGAAUAAAAAGAAUUUAGACGUU